CCGCAGUGUCAGUGUAGUGCACUUCUUGUCCGCAUAAAUGCAGAUGUUCCCCAUUUGUGGAGGAUUGAGCAGGAAGUGAAGAUAUGACACAUAGCUGUGCUCAUGCAGCCACAAAUCACAUGACACAGAUAUCUGAUCUCAGGUCUGUCUGCACACAACAGGAAUGUCCAUGCAAAGUUGUAUGUCAAUGCAUGAAGAGCAGGGUUCAAAUACCUUUGCUUUUAAUAAAAGCAGCUUCUGGGAGUAUAGGAGUGGGAAGUAGUUAUAUUUCAGAGCAGUCUAUUAGCUAUAGUCACACAUGGUUCAGACACCAGUGCAGUAAAUAUUCUGCUAGCUAUAGUACUUAAAGGUUUUAUGUCAUCGUGCCUCAACAGAGCUGCUACCUCCCAGAUCAUAAAAACCUGUAUGCCUGCACAACAUGCACAAAUGCAGUAGUUAAAGACACAAACUGUGCAUGCAUGGACAUGUUACAGAAGAGAGAAAGGAGCACUGGGAAUGAUUCAUAUCACAUACACAAUGAUCUCUCUUGACACUCCCUAUAUCAGGUGAUAGUUUGAAGGCGUGAUCAUGAAAACAGUUUCUCUGUCCACCAACUUUAUCAGCUGACACCAUUAUGCUUCACUUCCUGUCUGGGAAGAAGUUAGCUAUUACCUACUCAUAGUAGUGCAUUGUGUAGACGGAAUCAGCAUGACUUUCACUGGGGGAAUAAAGUGUGUGAAAUAUGCCAUGUUUGUCUUCAACUUUUUCUUUUGGCUUGCAGGCACUGCUGUCUUUGCUAUAGGCCUGUGGCUAAGAUUCGACCCAAAGACCAAAGGCCUGUUUGAAGGAGCAGAUUCUCCAUAUGUGUUUUACACAGGUGUAUAUAUCCUGAUUGGAGCUGGAGCACUGAUGAUGGUGGUGGGUUUUCUGGGAUGUUGUGGGGCCAUCCAGGAGUCCCCCUGGAUGCUGGGACUGUUCUUUUUCUUCCUGCUUAUCAUAUUUGCCAUUGAGGUGGCGGCUGGAAUCUGGGCAUUUUCCAACCAAAGCAAGGUGGUGAAUGAUAUCACAACGUUCUACGUACAGACCUACAAUAACUUCAAGAAGACAGAGGAUAAGCGACUCAAAGAGACUCUGCGGGUGAUUCAAACCGGGCUGAACUGUUGCGGGCCAGCUGGUUCUGUAGUAGAAACUGCCAAAGACACCUGUCCCCGGAGAGAGCCACUUGAGGAGCUCAUUGCGAAGAGCUGCCCUGACGCCAUUGAUGAGGUGUUUGACUCCAAACUGCACGUGAUAGGAGGAGUGGGCAUCACCAUCGGUGUUGUUAUGGUGUUUGGGAUGAUCUUUAGCAUGCUCCUGUGCUGCGCCAUCAGGAAGUCUCGAGAGGUGGUGUGACACCCACCAUCAAAUCCCAGAGUCUGUUGUUAAUGUUGCAUGAUGUCAUUCGAGUCACAUGACUCCCCACUGCCAAUAGAAACCCUACUUGUUCAAGGAAAGGCUGGGUGCAGAUAUUUCAGAUUAUUACAUAAUCCAUCAGUUAUAACUGUGCUGCUGACACUUAAACCCAGCUUGUGAUGUGGUUAUUAGGCCCAACUAUAGAAUGGGUGUCAGCUGUUCUUCAGUGGCAAUGUAGUGCAGACAUUUGUAAUUUUGUGGUCAUUUGAUUGAAAUUAGUGUUGUGUGAACUGCUAAUUAUCUAAACAAAAGAUCAUAUUAUUGUAUACUGAUCACACUUCUAUUGCUAUCACUUGGGGUCACCUACCGGAUGGAAGAGUCAUGGAUCAGGGCCAUAAAAAAGGCAGCCAGUACCACUUCAGCACAAUACAGCAGCAGCAGCCAAUGACAUUAUUUUUCUUACAACAUCAAAGUCAAACCACGGUGACUAGUAGCCAAUUCAAUGCCGAGCUGUGAACUGCGGUGACCGAGUAGCAUCUUAGUUCCUUCAUUGUGACAUUUGUUCGCUUUUUUUACUCACCCUUUACAAAAAAAAAAAAGCCUUUCAUUUUUGUCAUGUUUUGUAAAUGUCUUCUUUUUUAUUUGUAAAAGAUUCAUAAAGUUAGUGGUUACAUAGUACAUGUGGUUUAAUAUGUGGUUUGUAUUUUAUAAUGUUCUUUUUAUUUUACAGAGAUUGGGUUGGUUUAUACCAUAUACACUAUGUUUCACAGAGAUAAAUAUUAAUGAGAACCAAAUAAACCAAAAUGUACUGACUGA